UUUUCCUGUUUAUGUUGUUAAGCUGUCAUUUGUGGGACCGUCUGUCAUAGGAUAGUCAAAAAUUGGUCAAUUGACCAAGUUAGGUGACCAACUUUGCAAUCAACUUGGCCUGCAAGAUUCGUCAGUUUGUGAGCUCAGGUGGCCGUGAGCUAGUUUGCAGGUUCUGCUACAAAAUUGAUGCGGGGUUAUUUUAGACAUGGCUUAUAUGUACAUAUUUCAAGUAUUGAAGGCAGCGGUGAGUCGGCCUCGUGGGUUCGACUCCUGUGGGUUCGACUACGUCGUCAUCUGUGUGGGUGACUCAUUGACCUAAGUCCAAGCCAUUUCGGCCCCGGGUCAGAUGGCCAACCUUGUAUUAGGUCAAGUAGUAGAAUCCAAUGAACAGCUGACCAACCGAAUUUUCAGUUGACCAAUUUUCAAGUAAAAAACGAUAUUGGUUCUUGUCCAACGUAAAUUGGUCAAAUUGACCAACUUCUUUUAACAUUAAAUGCCACGUCAUCGCAGACAUACCAGUAUAUAACCGAGCCCUACCCUAUACCGGCAUACGCUGUUAAGGAGGGAAGAAGUAACUGUCUAGCUGAAAGCUUUUUGCAUCAUUCCAACACGUGUAUUGCCCGAAACUAUCGCCACAAUGAAGUGUGUUCUAUUUCUCACUGUAUUGAUCGUCGUCAUCUGUGUGGCUGCGUCCCAUAAAUGCCCCGCUACAUUCCAGCAGGAGGAGAACAAGUACGUUUUGCGGUUGACGUGCUACAAGAUAUCGUGUGACCCAGUGACCGGCAACUUUGGCGCAGUAAACUGUCCACCCGCUGUCGCACCUACUUUGAGUCCGUGUAAGAUGGCUGCCCUGAAAGCGGAGGGUUGUCACGAGGGCUGGGUAGCAGACAACACGGAAGUGUACUCAUAUUGCUGCCCAGUGUACAAGAACAAAAUCUGCAAAGGCGAUCCUGGGUUUGAUGCGUCCAAGGUCCCAAUAGUCGCGUCAACAAUCGUUCCCUGCUAGUGCCGCGAUAAGCACCAAACUCUGGGCUCGCCAUUCUCGUGUUUAUCUAAUUCCCGAGGCAGACUACGUAUUGUAAUUUGUUCGGCUUGUUCCUUCUUCAGUGGAACACGAUGGAGUAAAAACAACUAAUGAGGUAGUUACUAUUGCACUUACUGUGAAAUUAGUAACACCUAAAAAAGUUGUAAAAACUGCCAUUAAAAUGGUAAGAAUUCCUAUUUUGAUAAUUAAAACAAUUAAUUUCACAGCCGGUGCAAUAACAACUACAGAUUAGUAAAGAAUUACAAUUUAUUUUUACCAUUUGAUUUAUGAGUGUAUUCUUGCAAAUCAACAUGGUCCGAUUAUCUUGUGUUCCUCUUAAGCACAACCAACCGGAAUGACUUACAGUGCAUAGUAUGACACAGGAAUUACCACAUGAGUCGUCGGUCCAGGAUGUUGGUUUCCAAUUUCUUGUAUUGAUGGUGAGACAAGUAAUAAAUAAAUGAAACCAAACCAAUAAUACUGAAGUUACUUUUUGAGACGGACUUUUUGG